AUGGGUGCCUACAAGUAUUUGGAAGAGUUGCAAAGAAAGAAGCAAUCUGAUGUCUUAAGAUUCUUACACAGAGUCAGAUGUUGGGAAUACAGACAAAAGAACGUUAUCCACAGAGCUUCUAGACCAUCUAGACCAGACAAGGCUAGAAGAUUAGGUUACAAGGCCAAGCAAGGUUUCGUUAUCUUCAGAGUUAGAGUCAGAAGAGGUGGUAGAAAGAGACCAGUGCCAAAGGGUGCUACUUACGGUAAGCCAACCAACCAAGGUGUUUCUCAAUUGAAGUACCAAAGAUCUUUGAGAUCUACUGCUGAAGAAAGAGUUGGUAGAAGAGCCUCUAACUUGAGAGUCUUGAAUUCCUACUGGGUUAACCAAGACGCUACCUACAAGUACUACGAAGUUAUCUUGGUUGAUCCUUCCCACAAGGCUAUCAGAAGAGAUGCCAGAUACAACUGGAUUGCUAACCCUGUUCACAAGCACAGAGAAUCCAGAGGUCUUACUGCUGCUGGUAAGAAGUCCAGAGGUAUCAACAAGGGUCACAGAUACACCAACACCAAGGCUGGUCGUCGUCACACUUGGAAGAAGAACAACACUUUGUCCUUGUGGAGAUACAGAUCUUAA